CUUGGCAUCGUCGACAAGAAGACAGUCGGAGCUUCUCAGGGCGGCUUGAUCCACAUAUGCUUCCACGAGAAGAGCCCAGAGGCGAUGAGGACUCUGUUCACGGGCCUGCAGCAGGUUGUCGGCUACUGGCUCUUUCAUAACGGUUUCAGCAUCGGCAUCGACGACACAAUAGCGGACUGGAACACGCAGGCGCACAUCUCAGAGCAGAUCACGACUCGA